UUCUCUUGUCUCGCCUGGACUGUGAGCCGUGUGUUUAUAUUGGCUUCUGAGUUGAGCGUGAGAUGUGUAUCAAGUAGCGGGACAGUGAUUGCAGCUGCAGUGUGGUACUAUAACUUAUGCAUACGCUGCAAUAGCUGUUUGUCUGUGGUCUCGAGCACUUCCACAGCGCUUGCUGUUGAGAGCUGUCAAGUAUAAAGACAGACUACAUUACCGGCCCAUAACACUCCUCGUGAUUAGACUACCGCUGAUACAUUGUCGACAGGUGGGUCAAGGCGUCACUAUAUCAGUACCCGUCAGUGCGUUGCUGGUUCGUGAAGAGAGUCUUGGCUCCUUGCGUUGGUGUUUCUUCGUUCAUUGAACUUCCCGUUUGUGUAGCGGCAAAAGGACAACAUAAACGCAGGGGCCAAAGAGUCAACUGUAGGAAGUUACUAUAAGCUUGAUAAUGGACAAGGGGAUUGCCCAAGAAGAAGAGUCCCUUGCAGACACGCAUGGGGGGACGAAAGGCGGUGCUACCGCAACGUCGCUGAGGUAUAACCACGACGGAAUCAGCAAAGUGACGUCACCGAAACCCAAGGACAUAUCAGUGGAAGAUGGCAAGGCACCUCCUGCCGCUUGUCCUCUCAUUGAGGGCCACGGUGAAGUACAUCAUCCCACAUCGUUUCUAGAGACGCUUAUACACCUGUUGAAAGGGAACGUCGGUUCGGGGAUGUUUGCCAUGGGGGACGCGUUCCGUAACGCCGGGCUGAUCGCCUCGCCGCUCAUCACGUUGCUUCUGGGGGUCAUCUGUGUGUACAGCCAGCACAUGUUGCUCUCUGGCGCCAGGGAACUGCAGAGGAGAACAAGAAGCCCGGUUCUGCCAACGUUUGCGGAGACAAUGGAACUCUCCUUCAAAACAGGGCCCCCCAAAUUACACGGAUUUGCGAAAACUGUAAGAUUGUGGAUCAAUGUCUUCCUCUGUGUGACUCAAAUGGGAUUCUGCUCUGUGUAUUUCGUCUUCAUUUCUGAUAAUUUGAAAAUGGUGAUGGACUACUACAAUGCAGAGUUGGACAUCCACAUACAUAUGACGAUCAUUCUCUUACCCAUUAUGCUGUCCUGUUGGAUUCGUGAUCUCAAGUAUCUCGUACCUCUAUCUCUGUUUGCCAAUGUCGCCAUGACAGUUGGUAUUGCUGUGACCCUCUACUACAUCAGCCAGGAACUCCCAGCUCCCUCCACCAGAGAGUACAUUGCUCCUUGGACAAAGAUUCCUCUGUUCUUUGGAACUGCAAUCUACUCUUUUGAAGGCAUUGGAUUGGUGCUUCCCCUGCAGAAUGAAAUGAAGCAACCUGAGCAGUUCACAAGAAGGUUUGGCGUUCUCAACAUCGGCAUGACCAUCGUGACGUGUCUGCUUGUUAUCAUGGGGUUCCUUGGCUACCUCAAGUAUGGUGACAAUGUACAAGGAAGCCUCACACUCAACCUGCCUCAACAAGACAUCCUGGCCCAGGCAGUACAGCUCACCAUCUGCCUUGGAAUCCUGUUCUCCUAUGCUCUGCAGAUGUAUGUUCCCAUAGAGAUCCUCUGGCCCCACGUUCUGAAGAGAUGGGGCCCCUUUAAGUACAGCUCCCUCACAGAUAUAAUCUUCCGUAGCUCUCUGGUUCUCAUAACAUUUAUUCUAGCAGAAGCGAUUCCACACCUCAGUUUGUUUAUCUCUCUGGUGGGUGCUGUUAGUAGCACUGCCCUGGCGCUUUUCUUUCCUGCCAUAAUGGACCUUGCAAUACAUUGGGAAUCUGGUUUGGGUCAUCUCAAAUGGCUGCUGUGGAAGGACAGUUUCAUCAUCUGCAUUGGCAUAAUUGGAUUUCUUACGGGUACUUAUGCUAGUAUAGAAGCAAUUGUUCAAAGGCUUUGAUAAAUAGUUUUACUGUUUACAUUGUUAAUGUUUUAGAUGCGUUUUGUUUCACUUGCAAAUAAAUUGUUUUACCUUUGUUGUAGAACGAUAUAAAUGAUUUUUUUUAAUGUCUUUACCUUAGAGCAUUUCUUCAUUUUUCCAGAUCUUACAUUCCCUCAUUCAUUUCCAAAUGGAACUUUUUAUUUUAAUUGCGUCAUUUUUAUUAAAUUUGUCAUAAUGAUCAAAAAAGAUGAAUUAUUGAUCUUCCCCCAAAUAAAUUAAUAUAAAGACGGUUACAUGAGACAAAGACUGUAAGACCACUCACAUGUGAAGUUCACACAUUCUCAGGUUGAAUGAUUUGCAUUAGUCUACCUCAUGUAUUCUUAACUGCGUUUCUUUAAGAUAAAAUCUAAUUUGGCAAUACUAAUCAACAGCAGAAAAAAUUUUCUUAAUAGAAAAUUAAUUUCUGUUGUUUAAAUAGGCAUUGUAACAAUAGAUAUGUUACAUGGAAUUCGGAAAUGAAGUAUUUUAUCUUGUGUGUUCUCCCAUUUACGCCUUGGUCUUCCUGGUGACCUCUUUCAUUGAGACUUCGAAAUUAUGAAAGUAUUUAUUGUGUUAAUAUCUUAUAAAACGCAAAACAUUUUAAGAAAUGUGAAUAGGCUGAGAUUAGAUGUAGUCUGUUCUGUCACAACCUAUUGUCACUUCAAAACUAUUAAUUUUAUGAAGUAAAUUACAGAGAAAUUACAGAUUAUUUAACACGUGAUGAGACCCCAAUUUAGAAAACCCUAAUAACACUACUUCAACAAGUGUUUUGA